CUUCUGUGUGUGUGUGUUGCUGUGUGAUCAUGUGGGAGAGCAGGAACAGGGUUAGCUCUUCUCUUACUGGUUACCCCGCGAGGAAAACCACCAGCCCAUGAUAACACGGGGCUCGUCAUUUUUUUGGGGGGGUUUAUUUUAUCCUAAAUUAUUGGGCUUUUUGUGUGGUAUUGGGGGAUGAGCGAGGAGAACAUCCCGGAGAGCUGCAGGAGAAACUCUGGGUGCACCAGUGUUCUCAGUAUAGAGCAAAUGCUGGCUGUGAAUCCUGGAAAGACGCCUAUCAGUCUGCUGCAGGAGUAUGGAACGCGGAUAGGCAAGACACCGGUGUAUGACCUGCUGAAGGCCGAAGGUCAAGCCCACCAGCCCAACUUCACCUUCCGCGUAUCUGUGGGGGAAAUCAGCUGCACGGGCCAGGGCCCCAGCAAAAAAGCUGCUAAACACAAGGCAGCUGAAGCCGCCCUAAAGAUGCUAAAAGGAGGGAUGCUUGGUGCUUUAGGUGUCGAUGAGAUGGAUGGAGAAGACUUUGAUGGGGCCUUGGAUGGAGACUGCUCCCAGUCUGAGAUGAAAUUAUCCAGUUCCAGCCAACAAGCUGAAUGUAAUCCAGUGGGAGCUUUGCAGGAGCUGGUGGUGCAAAAAGGCUGGCGUUUGCCAGAAUAUACAGUCACACAAGAGUCUGGGCCUGCACAUCGCAAAGAGUUUACAAUGACGUGCAAAGUAGAGAGAUUUAUUGAAAUUGGUAGCGGUACAUCAAAGAAGCUUGCCAAGCGGAACGCAGCAGCAAAGAUGCUUUCGCGGAUUCAUGAUGUUCCUGUAGACAUCCGCAGCAGCCAUGAAGCUGAGGUAGAGGACGACACUUUUAACAUGCAAAUGAGUGGAAGGCAGGAAGGAGGGAAAUGUAAGGGGUUUGGAUGUACGUGGGACUCUCUGCGGAACUCGGCUGGAGAGAAAAUCUUGCAAUUGCGCAGUCACCCUUUAGGCUUGCCCAAUUCCAACUUCUGUUCUUUACUCAAAGACCUCUCUGAAGAGCAGCGCUUUGACGUCAGCUACCUGGACAUAGAGGAGCGCAGUCUCAGUGGUCUGUACCAGUGUUUGGUAGAGUUGUCAACACAGCCCAUCACGGUGUGUCAUGGCUUCGCCCCCAGUCAGGACGCAGCCCGGGCCAGUGCAGCAUUCAACGCUCUUCAGUACCUGAAAAUCAUGGCUGGAGGAAAGUGAGUCUGUACUGUUCAACAGUAAGAUGGUUUAAAGAUGAAGAAAGAAAAAUUCCUACCUCUUGAGCCCGGAGUUCUGUAACUGUGGGUUUUCAUCAUGAUGACCAACUAUUUAUAAUAAGAGUUUUAAAGGAUCUCUUAUAAAAGAUCCAAAGCCCCUACCUGUUCUCCAAAAUGGUUAGAGACUGAGGACUUUGUUUGCUCACUGCUCUUAAUGAGUGAAUUUCUUGUGAGUACUUUCUUCCUGUCAUUCCCCUUUAAAAAAUGAAUUUUAAAAUUGCAGAGUACAUGGUUCCCGACCUUGCUUCAAGACACUGAGGAGUUUUUGUAUGUUCUCCACAUGUCCACAUUCAUUUCCUAGGUGUACUCUGGUUUCCUCACAUCUCCUAUAACAUGCAGAAGGUGAGUUGGCUGCACUAAAUUGACUCGAGUGUGAGUAAUUAAAAGUGAGCAGUGUUUUCAAACUUGAUGUUAGUAAAAAUGUACUCUACAACAUGUGUUUAUUUGCAUUUGUCAGAUUUUAGAAUGUGAUUGGUUCUGUGUCAACCUUUUUAAUGUGUCCAUAUAAGGGAAAAACUCUUUCUCUUAUUUUGUGCCAUGAAUUGUCUUAUUGAAUUAAAAUGAAUUUGAUAUUUAAAGCCUGAACAUUUUAGCAAGACUG